UUGAUCAUGAUUGGAUCGAGCAUGGCUGCUCGCACCACUCCUGAUGAUGAUGUGUUGGAAUGGGUAAAAAAAGAUAAUCGUCGUUUCCUGCAUGCUGAUAUCAGAGUUGGUGAUCUUAAUAGCACCAUUAAGUUUUACACUGAGUCUCUUGGGAUGAAGCUGCUGAGCCAAAAAGACUUCCCAGAGCAAAAAUACUCGAAAGCAAUUGUUGGGUUUGGCCCUCAGGACACUCAUUUUGUCCUGGAAUUGACAUAUAUCUAUGGAGUAGACAAAUUUGAUAUUGGGACUGGCUUUGGACAUUUUGGAAUUGCAAGUCAAGAUAUCUAUACUGUGGUUGAAAACAUUCGAGCAAAGGGUGGAGUCAUCACCCGUGAACCAGGGCCAAUUGCUGAAGGGGGUUCGACCAUCUUUGCCUUUGUGCAGGAUCCUAAUGGCUAUAGUUUUGAGCUCCUUCAAAGGCCCCCAACUCCUGAACCACUUUGUCAAAUAUUGCUUAAUGUCCUUGAUCUUGAUCGUGCUAUUGAGUUUUAUGAAAAGGCAUUAGGCAUGAACCUUCUGCUGAAGUAUGACAACCCGCAAGAACAGUUUUCUAUGGCUAUGGUGGGUUAUGGAUCAAAUUUAACUCAGACAACUGUUUUGGAACUGAGAUAUGAUUAUAAUGUAACCGAGUAUACCAAAGGAGACGGAUAUGCACAGGUUGCCAUUGGUACUGAUGAUGUGUACAAGAGUGCUGCUGCUGUUAAACUUGUUACCAAAGAACUUGGAGGACAAAUAAUCCUACCACCGGUUUCAAUUCCCACAACCAACACCAAAAUCACCUCAUUUGUUGAUCCAGAUGGCUGGAAGACGGAUUUGGUGGACAAUGAAGAUUACCUCAAACAACUGCAGAAGAAAGAGUGAUAAGGGUGUUGCUUAUGCCUUUCCAAUUGAACAAGGAGUCCUGCCUUUGGACCUGUAUCUAG